GCAGACACAGACACUCUCCCUGCAUCGCUCUGGGCUCAGUCCUGCCGCCCGGCCAGCCGCUGUUUGCCCGCAUUGCUCAAAGUGAGGAUAGUACCGGGCAGCGGGCUCUCUCAGCCCAUGAAGAGGCCUGGAGCCGAGCAUGGCGCCGGCCAGCCCUAGCAGUGUGAAGCGGAGAUGCAGGAGGUGUCUGUACUGGAUCCCCGUGCUGUUCAUCUCCAUCAUCGUCUGCUGGUCCUACUAUGCCUAUGUUAUCCAGCUCUGCAUAGUGUCCAUGGAAAAUAUUGGCGAGAAGGUGCUCUGUCUGCUAGCAUAUCACUUCUUCGUCCUUCUGUUCGUGUGGUCCUACUGGAAGACCAUUUUUACAUCACCAAUGAACCCUACUAAAGAAUUUCACCUGUCCUAUGCUGACAAAGAGCUUCUAGAGAGAGAACCAAGAGGAGAAUCACAGCAAGAAGUACUGAGGAGACUGGCCAAAGACCUCCCUGUCUAUACCAGGACGAUGUCAGGAGCCAUCAGAUACUGUGACAGAUGCCAGCUUGUGAAGCCGGAUCGCUGUCAUCACUGCUCGGUCUGCGAUAAGUGCAUACUGAAAAUGGACCAUCAUUGUCCUUGGGUGAACAACUGUGUUGGAUUCUCCAACUAUAAGUUUUUCCUGCUCUUUUUGGCGUAUUCACUACUUUACUGCCUUUUCAUUGUUGCCACAGACUUACAGUAUUUCAUCAAAUUCUGGACAAUGACCCUGGAAUUAUCAGCAGUUGGCAAUGAAACACAGUCAAAUGUACAUCAUAAUCGAACUCAGAUAACGCAGGAAUUAUCAACAGUUCACAGUGAGAUACAGUCAAGUGUACAACAUAAUGAAACUCAGAAUGGUCUGCCUGACACACAAGCCAAAUUCCACAUCAUGUUCUUGUUUUUUGCUGCUGCCAUGUUUUCUGUGAGUCUCUCCUCCCUGUUUGGGUACCACUGUUGGCUUGUCUGCAAGAAUAGAUCUACAUUAGAGGCCUUCAGAGCACCUGUGUUUAGGCACGGCACAGACAAAAAUGGCUUCAGCCUUGGGUUCAGUAAAAACUUGCGACAAAUAUUUGGAGAUGAAAAGAAAUUUUGGUUGCUGCCUGUAUUUACCAGUCAAGGAGACGGUUGCUCCUUCCCAACUUGCCUUGUGAAUCAGGACCCUGAACAAGUUUCUACACCUACUGGGGCAAAUCUAACAGCCAAAAGUAUUGAAAAUCAUCCAUUUCCAUCAAAACCUCUGCGUGAAUCUCAAAGCCACCUUCUGAACGACAGCCAAUCCUGGACUGAGAGCAAUGGUAACAGUGAAAAGGGAACACUUGGUAUGAGUAACCCUGGAUUGACUAUAGAAAAUGAAACCUAAACCUUCAGUAAAGUUGGAAAUGGUAAAGAUUGUUUGAGAUGAGCAUCACGAGGUUCAUGUGGAGAAAUCAUGCUCCCAUAGGCUUAACAUCAGUGUUAAGGUGGAUGUGAUCACAAAUAUUGGCCGUAGCAGAAUUCCCUUCUCUCCAUAACUGCUUCAAACAUGAUUAAGGCUUACUCCUGGCCUCAGGCAUUAUACGAACAUCAGGAAGUGUCAACUGGCAAAAUAAAUAUAUAUAUAUAUACAUUGUGGUUUUUAAGUACUGUACUUUUAAAUGAAGAGAAAGUAUUUAUAGUACAAACUUGGCAGUCCUGUGUUGUACACAAUGUAAGUUUGUAUUUUGACAGUGUUUUAUGGUAUGUGGCACAACCAAGCAGAAGUGUGAUUCUUCUUUAAGAAAGCACAUCUUUACAGCUUCUAUUUCUCAAAUGCUAAAUCUCUUCUUCGAUUUCAUCUGGAGAGAAAUAAAGUAUGGCAAUGUGCCAUAUUCUUGGAAAAUCAA